AUGGCCGCUACUCUGAAAAAUGGGAGCGCCAACGGCGCUGCGAAGGACCAUGGCCCCGUCAGCCUUCGCUUCUCCGAUGUCCCCCCUGCCAUCGAAGUCCCCGUCCAGGGCGACCAGGAGGACGAGGCUGUCGAGAUUGACCUUAUGGAACUGGGCGACGACCCUACCGAGCUCUGUACGCUUUUCGAGAACGAGAAGGCCGCCAAGCCUUACUGGAUGACGGUCGCCCUGGCCUACGCCAAGCAGGGCAAGGUCGACCAUGCCAUCGAGAUGCUCAUGCGCGGCAGCAGCACCAUUCAGGCCGGCGGAAGCACCAGCCAGCGCGACAAGGUCAGCAUGAUUUGCUGCCUGUGCUGGAUGUAUCUCUGGAAGAGCCGUGAGGCGCCCCGAGUCGCCCCCGAGGGCUCCAGGUUCUCCGACGCCAAGACAAAGGAGUACUACCUGCAGCUGGCCACCGCGUCCCUCAACGACGCCGCACGCCUGAACCCCUCGUUCUCACCCAUGUAUCUCGCUCGAGGUGUCCUACUCCUACUACGCGCUUCGCUGCAGGCCCCGCCCAAGACGGCUGGCGGCCCCGGGUCUGAAAAGUACGAGCUUCUGAGAACCGCCAUCAAGGCCUUUGACGACGCCCUUCGUGUUUCCCAGGGGAAAAACAUGCUGGCUCUUCUCGGAAAGGCUCGUGCCUUCUUCUCAAUGCAAAAAUACGGCGAGGCUUUGACCCUGUACCAGGACGUCGUCCUCAAGAUGCCCGACCUGGUCGACCCUGAUCCGCGCAUCGGCAUCGGCUGCUGUCUCUGGCAGCUGGGCUACAAGGAGGAUGCCAGGGCCGCCUGGGAGAGAGCUCUGGAGCUCACACCAAACUCCAAGAUUGCCAACAUCCUCCUGGGCCAGUUCUAUCUCGACUCCAGCGGCCACGUCCCCGUCAACAGUGACGAAUUCCUUGGUCUCUACAAGAAGGCCAUGACUGAUUUCACACAGAAGGCCUUCAAGCUGGACAAGGACGAACCACUCACCUGCUCGACGUUUGCCAGCUACUUCCUAUCUCGCAAGAACUGGGACAACGCCGACAAGCUUGCCCACAAGGCCAUUCAGUAUACCGACGUCAACGCCAUCGCCAGUGAUGGAUGGUACCUCUUGGCGCGCAAAGAGCACUUUGCCGGCAAUGCGGACCGCGCUAGCGACUAUUACCGACGCGCGGAUGACGCUCGCGGUGGCACGGACAGUGGACAUCUGCCGGCUAAGUUUGGUGCUGCCCAACUCUCCGUUCUGAAGAAUGACCUCGGCGAGGCCAAGCUUCGCCUCGAGAAGAUGAUUCAGCAGUCGCGCAACUACGAAGCCAUGAUUCUCCUCGGCACCCUGUAUGCCGAGGAGGUAUUCGCCAAUAUCGACAGCGGUUCCAAUGAGGACAAGUCGGCCGAGAUGAAGAAGGCCUUCUCAUACCUCGAAAGCGUCCGUAGCGCCUGGAAGGACUCCAAGAAGUCCCUGUCUCCCGAUCCGUCCGUCCUGCUAAAUCUGGCCCGCCUCUACGAGACAGAGAAUCCGGAGAAGGCACUCCAGUGUCUUCAGCAGGUGGAGCAGCUGGAGCUGGACGAGGUCCCCGAAUCAGAACGCCCCGAGGGUGUCACUGAUGAGGCUGAGAUUCGCUCGGCUCUUCGCAAGUUCCUCCCGCCGCAGCUCCUCAACAACAUCGGCUGCUUCCAGUUUCAGGCCGAGAAACACGAGCUGGCCAGCGAAAUGUUCGAGGCUGCCCUGAGUGCUUGCGUUCUGGUUGGUGAGAAGGAUCCCACUGCCGAAACGGAUCCCCUCGUCUCGACGAUUAGCUUCAACCUUGGUCGUAGCUACGAGACUAGAGGCUUCCUGGACAAGGCUGCUGAGGUCUACGAGGGCCUUCUCGCACGUCAUGAGGACUACACUGAUGCCCGUACGAGGCUGGCGUACAUCAAGCUGCGACAGCAUCCUAAUAAGGGAGGCCCCGAUGCUGUCGCCAAGCUGUACCAGGAGAACACGAGCGAUCUUGAGGUCCGGGCCCUGUAUGGCUGGUACCUGGGCAAGGUCCACUCUAGGAAGCGGCCUGCCAAUGUCACCGAGGACCACGAGUUCCGUCACUACAAGCACACUCUCCAGAACUAUGACAAGCACGACCGCUACGCCCUGGUGGGGAUGGGCAACCUGUACCUGAUGCAGGCAAGGGAGAUGCGCCGCGAUACGGAGACCGAUAAGCAAAAGCGCAGCGCCGUCUAUGGUAAGGCUGUCGAGUUCUUCGAGAAGGCCCUGUCGCUCGACCCCAAGAACGCCUACGCCGCGCAGGGCGUCGCCAUCGCCCUGGUCGAGGACAAGAAGGACCUCUCCAACGCCCUCCCCAUCUUCCACAAGAUCCGCGAGACAGUCAAGGACGCCCACCUCUUUGUCAAUCUCGGCCACAUAUACUCGGAGCUUCGCCAGUACACCAAGGCUAUCGAGCACUAUGACAUUGCGCUGUCAAAGGAAGGCAAGACCAAUGACCCCGUCAUUUUGGCCUGCCUUGGUCGAACUUGGCUCAACAGGGGCCGGUCAGAACGCAACAUUGAAGCCUACGACAAGGCUCUCGAGUGUGCCCAGAAGGCACUGGAGACUUCCCCUGAGCAAGUCCACUACAAGUUCAAUGUGGCGUUUGUGCAGAUCCAGCUGGUGACGGCAAUUCAAGGCGUGCCGGAACAGAAGAAGACGACCGAGCAGCUAGAGAAGGCGUCAGAGGGACUGGAAGCCGCCAUUGCAUCACUGGAUGAGAUCGCAGCACACCCCCAGACUCCCUACCCCAAAAAUGACAUCGAGCAGCGCGCCAGCAUGGCACGCAACACGCUGCGCAAGCAGCUUGAGCGUGCCAUCAGCAAGCAGAAGGAAUGGGAGGAGGCCAACAAGGAAAAGGUUGAGGAGGCACGCAGGCAGCGUGAGGCAGAGCAGAGGAAGCGCGAGGAGGAGAAGGAGAAGAAGCUGGCCCAGGAGCGUGAACGUCAAGAGCAGCUUCGAAAAGACCGCGAGGAGAUGCUAGCAAAGGGCCGCGAGCUAGCCGCGCUGCGAGACAAGGAGCGCCAGGAAGAAGAGAACCGCAGGGCGGCUGAGUACACGACGGACGAGGAGACGGGCGAAAGGGUCAAGCGCAAGCGCAAGUCCGCACCACGCGCCUCGGGCGAGGGCAAGCCCAAGAGAAGCAAGAAGAAGAAGGCGGCCGUGUCGGACGACGAGGACGACGAAGAAGGUGACGAGGAGCAGAACAGCAGCCCGGCCAAGAAGAAGCGUCGCCUGACCAAGAAAGAGACAACGGUGGCGACCAGCUCCAAGUACAAGUCUGCCGAAAUUAUUGUCGACAGCGACGACGAGGAUGGCGAUGACGAUGACGACGCUGCCGAUAAGAAUGACGACGACGACGACGACGAUGCCCUCGAGCGUGCUGAGAAGAAUAUUGGACGCGAGGACACGCCCCUGUCAGAAGUCGACGAGGGCGAUGUAGGCGGCAGCAAGAAUGACAAGAUGGAUGUCGACGAGGAGGGCAAGAGUGGUGGUGACGAUGACGACGAAGUGUCCGCGCCACGUCACAAGAGGGUGUCUCGCAGGGGUCGCGUGGUCGACAGCGACGAGGAAGAGAAUGGUAGUAAUAGCGAUGAUGAGGAUGUUGCGCCUGCCAAGACGAAUGGGGGGGCUGACACUAGCAUGGCCGAGGAUGACGAAUAG